GGAACUCGGAGAGGAGGAGGGUCUCUCUUGGUACAGAUCUGCUGACUAAAAAGGAGUUGGUUUGGAGGAGAAAAGCCAUUCAACGAGUGCUCCUGCUGCUUGCAACAGCAACUACAGCUGCAAAGCCGAAGACAUCAGUGUACCUCUGGAGAUCGUCGAAACCAUGGCAGAAUAUGGACCUCUGUGUUAGGUCUGGCAUUGUCAACGUCAAGGACUGUUCUGAAACGCCCCCACUUUUUUAACCGGACGUCUGUGUUAACCCCGUCUUUUAAUUAAAAUAAGCAUACACGUUUUUUAUCAUUGUCUUGAAUACGUUUUGCUAUGCAGAGUAGAGGUAUUGCAGGCUACUCGUGAACAAGAGAACAUAAAAGGACGUUAUAUAAACAGGAUUGCAGGUUUGUAUAACUCCUAGUUUCUUCAGUUUAGAAGUACUUGAUACAUGCAUUACAAAUCACAAACCUGUUCACUUUAUCAGAUGUUUUAACUUUUUGUAACUAUUUCGGUGACGUUUUUUUAAAGUACCACUUACUUUUUAAUAUGCUUUCUUACAAAGUAAUUUCUUUUCUGGCUAUAACGUGCCUAAUCGGGAUACCCAGAGCCAGAGCGGCUGCAUGUGAACCAAUAAGGAUUCCAAUGUGCGGGUCGAUGCCGUGGAACAUGACUAAAAUGCCAAACCAUCUUCAUCACAGCACCCAGGCUAACGCGAUCCUGGCCAUUGAGCAGUUUGAAGGCUUGUUGGGAACAAACUGCAGCCCGGACUUGCUUUUUUUUCUGUGUGCUAUGUAUGCCCCGAUCUGUACAAUAGAUUUUCAGCACGAUCCAAUAAAGCCUUGCAAAUCAGUCUGUGAGAGGGCAAAAUGUGGUUGUGAACCUGUCAUGAAGAAAUACAAUCACACAUGGCCGGAGAGUCUGGCAUGCGAAGACCUGCCAGUUUAUGACCGGGGUGUUUGUAUCUCUCCGGAGGCGAUAGUCUCAGCAGAAGGCCCGGACAAUCCGUAUUAUCAAGAGUUUAACAAAUGCAUACCAGAGUCUAUGCCAGAUUUUCCAAUGGAUUCUCACAAUGGGAACUGCAGGGGCACUAACAAUGAACGCUGCAAGUGUGAGCAAAUAAAACUUGUUGAAAAGACAUAUUUAAGGAAAAAUUACAAUUAUGUAAUCCGAGCAAAGGUGAGAGAAAUAAGAAGCCAGCGUCAUGACGUGAGCGCAGUAGUCGAAGUCAAAGACGUCUUAAAGUCUUCCUUGGUCAGUAUCCCUCGGGAUAUCGUAACCCUGCAUUCUAACUCAGGCUGUUUAUGCCCUCCCCUGAACGCCAACGAGGAGUACAUAAUUAUGGGCUACGAGAAUGAAGAACGUUCAAGGUUACUCUUUAUUGAGGGCUCCUUUGCUCAGAAGUGGAAAGACCGUCUUGGCGUGAAAGUGAAGAGAUGGGACCAAAAGCUACGAAAAAGAAACAAUAUGAAAAAAAAACGUCAUUGAAGCCAAAAUUAUUUCUUUGAAAAGUGAAAUGGACAAAAUAUUGAGACUAGUAUUUUUGAAGCAACCAAGAAAAAAUUGCACUAUUGCACGUUUUUGUUUUCACAUUGAUGACUGAAUUAUAGUUGAAUGUAGAUUUUUUUUAAUUUUCAUUACUUCUUUUGCACGAAUGUUGUGAUUAUUUGACAUCACUGUUGAUGAACUGUGGAAUCCAGCAAAAGAUGAAAGUUCUGUAAGAGGGAACUUAAAAUCUGAUGCCACAUUGCCAGAAGAGGAAAGGCCUGGAUAUUUAUUUAAUGGCUAAAUACCAACAGAAGUGGUUCUGAGGAGUUAUUCUGCUACAGAAAUGCUCAGAAUGUCUUAAGUGUGAAAACAGCUUUAUGGCUUAUUAUAAAGGAAAAUGGAUUUUGAGCUGCAGAGUUCUGGUUACAGCUGCAAUUUACUUUAUAUACCCAUAAGAGGAUUAAUCUCCCUUCAAAGGAAACACUAUGAAAGAAAAAGAGAAGUUUUGUUGGCAAGGAAAUGAACAAGUGUCAGGAUGACCUAAGACUCUGAAUAUUUGAUGUUAAGGACCAAAAUCAAUACAUAUGUUCAGUGUUAUUGAUGAAUGCAAUGUAUUAAUUCAAAUUUAUUCAUGUUAACUGUAAAGACCUGUUAUUUACUUAAAAAUUCCUUGAGGGAGACUGCUGACUAGCUCAACCUGAAAUAGCUGGGAGCCCUGUGAUCCUAAUGUCAUGAGUUUGAGCCUGGGUAAUGUCACUAAUUGACUAUUAUCAGGAUUUCUCGAGCAUCAUGGGGGUAAAGUUGAAAUUAAUAUAAGUGGCCAAGCUUUCUCAGCUCCUGGUGGACAAGAAACCCCUGUGAUUUCCAAGUGUGUAAGGAGGAGGGUGUCAGUGGUGAAGCAUCUGUUGGAGAUGAACCUUCUGUACAGUAUGUUGCUCUCGAGCUUGUAGAAUUAUACAGUAUACUCAAUGAGUGCACAGCUCAGAAGAGUCUGUCUCUGUUUCCUAACUGCCUGGGUGGAUGCAGGAGUCAACACUGUACUCCAGGGCAAAAGGACACAAUUGGUAAUUCCAAACAGAAAUAGGUAUAUACAAUAUAAAAUAUUUGAUGGGUCUAAAUGCAAAAAGCCUUCUGUGUAAAUCAAAGGUGCCUGUAUUAAACUCUGUGACAUUUUAAUAAAAAUUGUUAAAAAAUAAACUCUCUAGAAUUCACAUAUGCUGCUUUAAUGCUGUCUUGCAUACUUAAAACCAUGUGUCAUUAAAACGUUUUAACACUUUUA